AAGAUUAUAAGGUGGAGACUGGAGAGGGGGAGAGAAGUGGCUAAGCCAUACUCGACAACACAAACACGCAUUUCCAUUUUUUCUCAUUUUUUUUGCCCUGGGUUUCUGAUGAGCACCGGCGUUCCGUUUCUGUAAUGCAUUCCACUUUUGAAGCUCUUUACUUGGUUAUUUCCGUCUUGUUCUUCGUCGGUAUCGGUACCUUUGUUUUCGCCUCCGAUCGAGGUGCUUUCGGCGGGAAUCAGUGCGGAUUCGGCUCUCCGGCGGAUCUUCUGCUCCACUCAUGCGGACUCUCGUCAACUACGCUGGAGACGAGGAUUUUUGCUCCGGGGGUUCUUUAUAUGCCAAUCCUAUGGAUUCUAGUCUCUUGCUAUCUCUUGGCCCUCAUGUCGAUGUUUACUGCCCUCCUCGCAAGAGGUCUCGCAUCACUGCUCCUUUUGUUUUCAGAGGGGAUAAGUUUGAGCAGAAGAAGCAGUCGUCUAUUGAAGUUCUUCCCGAUGAGUGCCUCUUUGAGAUCUUUAGACGGUUACCUGGAGGCCAGGAGAGAAGUAUCUGUGCUUGCGUUUCAAAGCGAUGGCUCUUUCUUCUAAGCAGCAUCAGAAGGACUGAAGUCUAUGGCAUCGAAACUACACAACCUGCAAAACAUGAGGGAGAGUUAGUUUCAGAUAAGACUGAUGAGUUUUCAAAACUUGUUAAGGAGGAGCCUGCUUCAGUUUCUAGUGAUGUGGCUUCUGUGGGUGAAGAUUUGGAAGUUGAGAGUGAGGGAUACUUCACCAGGUCUUUGGGAGGGAAGAAAGCCACUGAUAUCAGACUUGCUGCUAUUGCUGUUGGAACUGGUAGCCGUGGUGGGCUUGGUAAGCUUUUGAUCCGGGGAAGCAACAGCAUUCGUGGGGUUACUGACAAUGGUCUUACAGCCAUUGCUCGUGGCUGCCCUUCACUCAGAGUUCUCUCUCUGUGGAAUGUUUCUUCCGUCGGGGAUAAAGGACUAUCUGAUAUUGCUAGUGGGUGCCACAUGUUAGAGAAGCUCGAUCUCUGCCAGUGUUCUUCAAUUUCUGAUAAGGGUUUGAUGGCAAUUGCAGAGAACUGCCCCAAUUUGGCUGCGUUGACAAUAGAAUGUUGUUCUAAGAUUGGGAAUGGGACUCUGCAAGCAAUUGGUCAAUACUGCCCGAAUCUGCAGUCCAUCUCAAUUAAGGACUGCCCACUUAUUGGAGAUCAAGGAAUUGCCAACCUCUUAUCUUCAGCUUCUCACGUCUUGACAAAAGUGAAGCUCCAAGCUUUAAACAUCACUGAUGUCUCUCUUGCUGUUGUUGGCCACUAUGGCAAGGCUGUUACUGAACUAGUCCUCACUGGCUUACAAAACGUUAGUGAGAGGGGCUUCUGGGUCAUGGGCAACACUCAUGGUCUACUAAAGCUGAAGUCGAUUACAAUUAGCUCUUGCAGAGGUGUAACGGAUCUAGGCCUUCAAGCUGUGGGAAAGGGUUGCCCUGACCUGAAGCAACUGAUCCUUCGUAAAUGUUCAUUUGUGUCUGAUAAUGGGUUGGUAGAUUUUGCCAGAGCUGCAGCAUCUCUGGAGAACUUACAAUUGGAAGAGUGCAAUAGGAUCACCCAAUCUGGGGUUCUGGGUGCCAUUUCAAACUGUGGAUCGAAGUUGAAGGCACUUGCCUUUGUAAAGUGCAUGGGUAUCAAGGAUAUGGUUUUGGAGCUACCAAUGCUCUCUCCUUGUGAUUCUUUACGAUCUUUGUCCAUUCGUAACUGCCCUGGAUUUGGCAGUUCUAGCUUGGCUGUGGUGGGGAAGUUGUGCCCUCGGCUGCAAAACAUAGAGCUGAGUGGGCUUUGUGGAAUUACAGAUGCUGGGUUGCUACCUCUUGUUGAGAAUUGUGAACCGGGUCUUGUGAAAGUAAACCUCAGUGGCUGCUUGAAUUUGACAGAUGCAGUGGUUACAACCAUGGCAAAACAUCAUGGUGGAACUCUCCAGCUUCUGAAUCUAGAUGGUUGCAGGAAGAUCACUGAUGCUAGCUUAAUUGCAAUUGCAAACAACUGCUCUGUACUUCGUGACCUUGACAUCUCUAAGUGUGUGAUCACCGACUUGGGCGUUGCUGCUAUGUCAUCUGCAAAUUUGCUUGACUUGCAGAUUCUUUCCUUGUCAGGUUGCUAUCAGGUAUCCGAUAAGAGCAUGCCCUUCCUCAAAAGCCUGGGUCAGAAUCUGGUGGGUUUGAAUCUCCAGCAAUGCAAUUCAAUCAGCAGCAGCACCAUUGAGCUACUCAUGGAACAUCUGUGGAGAUGCGACAUCCUUUCCUGAAACUGGGAAGGAAAUGGAACACCCCAUUUUGAAGUUAAAAGACAGGCGAAAAUGGUGGGGGUUUGGUUGCAUUUUUAUGUUCAGAUAUCCAGUAUCACUUUACAGACGGUAGAAGCAGCAGCAAUAUUCCUCGUAGUUUUUGGGCUCUAAUCAGUGGGCCUUCUGGUAUAACAAGGGACUCAGGUUGUUUUCCAGGGAUGAUUACCAAUUUACCUUCUUUUUUGCAGGUUUCCUCCUAAUAGGAAAUCUGUUGCCAAGUGUUUUGUCCCCCAUUGUUGGGACGCCACAUCUUCUAUGGUCAUGGUUCCCUGAGAAUACAGUUACCGGGUCCUGGGCUUAGGGUUUCAGACUUGCAGGUGUAGUAGUUUGUUUUGUUUGUUGGGUCAUGGUUUUGUAUUGCCGGGUGAUGUCACCUGGUGUUUUAGCAUAGCCUCUCGUUCAUGGUCAUGUGGGUUUGCGUGGGCUAAGCUUUCUCUUGUUCAGGUCUUUACUUACUACUAGCCAUAUUUUCAGUCUGUCGAUGUUGGUUUUACCGAGUCUACCACAUGUUUGAACCAAGUGUUCUACGUGAUGGUUGGGUCUCUGUUUUCCUUUUUAGUGCGUCGGUCGACGGUCGUGUCAUGGGUUGUUGCUUUUGGCAGUUCCAGGUUUAGCGCCUCAGAUUCGUGGGCUUUGGCCGUGGCAGCAGUUCUUUCAUUCUGCCAUGACGACCCUUUCAUGGGUUUUGUUUUUUUUCUUCCAAGGCCCUAGUUUUUCAGGCUAAUCUUGUCAUGAACUGUACUCUGCAACUUUUUUAUUGUAAUGAAAUGGAUAUUUGCUUUUUCUGUUUUUGUAA